AUGGCGGCUUUCCGAUCUUCAACGGCAACUGUGAAGAUCAGCCACCGUGAAGUAGCGCCGGCGGGCAACGCCGGCGAGACGUCACUCCCUCUGACCUUAUUUGACAUGCCAUGGCUGUUUUACUUCCGGAUCAUGAGACGCCUUCUAUUCUACAGACUUCCCAUUUCCACAGAUACUUUCACUGAAACCAUAAUCCCAAAUCUAGUAACCUCCCUCUCCCUAACUCUCAAACACUUUCUUCCCCUCGCCGGCAACCUGGUUUCUCCUUCCGAUUGUAGCGCCAAGCCGGAGCUCCGGUAUGUGCCCGGAGACUCUGUUUCUGUCACAUUCAUGGAGUCCAGCGGCGACUUCGAUUCACUCACGGGCUAUCAUCCCCGUGACGUGAAUGAUUUUUACCCUUUCGUAGCCAAAUUACCAGAGCCAAAAGGUGGGGAGACUUGUAAAAUAUUCCCCGUUUUAGCUGUUCAAGUGACACUUUUUCCGGGCUUUGGGAUAUGUAUUGGCACCACCCACCACCACGUUGUCGGAGAUGGAAACGCCAUGGCCAGCUUCGCUAGGGCCUGGGCUAUGAUCAGUAAACUGGGCGGAGAUGGAGAAUUCAUAGCGGAGAAAUCUGUCCCUUUUUGUGACCGGACAAUCAUCAAAGACCCAUACAGGACAGGGGAUAUAAUGUUCGAAGAAAUCAAGAAAGAGAUUAAGGUUGAGCCGUCCGAGGCUGAAAUUUCAACCCCGAGAAUCGAUAAAGUUCGGGCUACGUAUAUCAUGCGCCGGAGAGACAUUGAAAACCUCAAGAAUUUGUUCGCAGCCCGGAGAGGAGUUGAUUACUACGUAUCAGGUUUCACUGUGACAUGUGCUUAUAUAUGGACUUGUUGGUUGAAAGCCGAGGCGGCGAUAGGGGGGCAAACGGAGGAGGAGGAGAAAAGAACGGAGUAUUUCUGCUGCGUAGCGGAUUGCCGGAGCCGGCUGAACCCGCCGCUUCCGGCUAGCUUCUUCGGCAACUGUGUGGUCGGCUGCCGCUUUGCGAAAUCAAGAAACGGAGCGUUAGUUGGGAGCGAAGGGUUCGUAACGGCGGCGGAAUUGAUCGGAGAAGCAAUUCGGAAAAGCGUGAACGAUGAGGAGUGGAUAUUGAGGGAGGAAUUCUGGUUAUCGGAGUUUAAAGGAGCAGAUCCGCGGCGGAUAGUUGCCGUUGCCGGAUAUCCAAGAAUGGACUUAUAUGGUGCAGAUUUCGGGUGGGGAAAGGCGGAGAAGGUGGAAUUUGUGUCCAUUGAUGGCGGAAAUUCAAUCUCUCUUUGUAUGUGCAGGGAUUCAGAAGGUGAUAUUGAGGUUGGGUUGGCAAUGCCCAGAGCUAAAAUGGAAGCUUUUGCUGCCAUCUUUGCCGAUGGGCUUAGAAGCUUAUAG